GGGCAAGAUGAAGGAGGAACACUGGGAGUGGAGCGCCUGAACACACGGCGAGACUCUGAAAGCUAUUAACAUUGUUUGGGCCGUUAGGGCGGUUGGCGGCAACUCGCAGGCGGGCGGCAGUUGCGUGGCACCCCGAAGCGUGCCUAGGCGCACGCUCCCCUCCGCUCCUCCACUCAGAGAGCAAAGGGGGGCGGAGGGGAGGGGGAGAGAGCGCGGAGGGCGGUGGAACUACAACUCCCGCAAGGCCUUGCGCGUCCAGGGUGCUUUACAAUAGAAGCUCGGUUGGCGAGGUCUGCGGAGAGGUGUCGGAACUGCCGUUUCCGGCAUGUUCAGGUCUACGAGAACGACCGAUCAGUGGAGAGUGGGGGAGAGACUCCAAUGCCCAGCGGGCCAUGCGCGGGCAGCGCUUGCGCGAACCGCGGACGGGGGGGCGGUCGGGCCAUUUAAAUGUGUGUUUGUGGGCGAAAUGGCUGCGCAGGUCGGAGCGGUUCGCGUAGUACGGGCGGUGGCGGCGCAGGAGGAGCCGGACAAAGAGGGGAAGGAGAAACCCCACGUUGGGGUUUCGCCGCGGGGAGUGAAGCGGCAGCGCCGGGCGAGCAGCGGGGGUUCUCAGGAGAAGCGGGGGCGGCCGAGCCAGGACCCCCCUCUCGCUCCCCCUCAUCGGCGGCGUCGUAGCCGCCAACAUCCCGGGCCGCUGCCUCCAACGAAUGCCGCCCCAACCGUCCCGGGCCCUGUUGAACCUCUGCUCCUGCCGCCUCCGCCGCCACCGUCGCUGGCUCCCGCCGGGCCCACUGUCGCUGCCCCGCUCCCGGCCCCGGGCACCUCGGCCCUCUUCACCUUCUCGCCUCUGACGGUGAGCGCGGCCGGGCCCAAGCAUAAGGGCCACAAGGAGCGGCACAAGCACCAUCACCACCGCGGCUCCGAUGGUGACCCCGGCGCCUGCGUUCCGGGCGAUCUCAAGCACAAGGACAAGCAGGAAAACGGCGAAAGGAGCGGAGGGGUGCCUCUGAUCAAGGCCCCCAAGAGAGAAACAGCAGAUGAAAAUGGUAAAACCCAGAGAGCUGAUGAUUUUGUCUUGAAGAAAAUAAAGAAGAAAAAGAAAAAGAAACAUCGAGAAGACAUGAGAGGAAGACGCCUUAAAAUGUACAAUAAGGAAGUACAAACCGUCUGUGCUGGCCUGACCCGCAUCAGCAAAGAAAUUCUCACCCAAGGACAGCUAAAUAGCACUUCAGGAGUUAAUAAGGAGUCCUUCAGGUAUUUGAAGGAUGAACAGCUGUGCAGAUUAAAUUUGGGCAUGCAAGAAUAUCGGGUGCCCCAGGGAGUACAGACACCUUUUACAACGCACCAAGAACAUUCUAUUCGCAGAAAUUUCUUAAAAACAGGUACUAAAUUUAGCAACUUUAUUCAUGAAGAACACCAGUCCAAUGGGGGUGCUCUUGUCCUUCAUGCAUACAUGGAUGAACUCUCAUUUUUGUCUCCAAUGGAGAUGGAGAGAUUUUCUGAGGAGUUUCUUGCUUUGACAUUCAGUGAAAAUGAGAAAAACGCUGCGUACUAUGCGUUAGCAAUAGUGCAUGGAGCGGCCGCUUAUCUCCCAGACUUCCUGGACUACUUUGCUUUUAAUUUUCCCAACACUCCAGUGAAAAUGGAAAUUUUGGGCAAGAAAGAUAUUGAAACAACCACCAUUUCAAAUUUUCAUACUCAGGUCAACAGGACAUAUUGUUGUGGUACCUACCGAGCAGGUCCUAUGCGGCAGAUAAGUCUUGUUGGAGCAGUAGAUGAAGAAGUUGGUGAUUAUUUCCCAGAGUUCCUAGAUAUGCUAGAAGAAUCACCAUUUCUGAAAAUGACUUUGCCCUGGGGUACACUUUCCAGCCUCCAGCUACAAUGUAGGUCUCAGAGCGAUGACGGGCCUAUAAUGUGGGUGAGGCCAGGAGAACAGAUGAUCCCUACAGCAGAUAUGCCAAAGUCACCCUUCAAAAGACGACGAUCAAUGAAUGAAAUUAAAAAUCUCCAGUACCUACCUCGGACAAGUGAACCCCGAGAAGUCCUCUUUGAAGACAGGACCAGAGCUCAUGCUGAUCAUGUAGGUCAGGGGUUUGACUGGCAAAGUACGGCUGCUGUUGGGGUUUUGAAGGCUGUACAAUUCGGUGAAUGGAGUGAUCAGCCUCGCAUAACCAAAGAUGUGAUUUGUUUUCAUGCUGAGGAUUUUACUGAUGUUGUACAGAGACUUCAGUUAGACCUUCACGAACCUCCAGUUUCUCAGUGUGUACAGUGGGUGGAUGAAGCAAAACUAAACCAAAUGAGGCGAGAAGGCAUUCGCUAUGCUAGAAUUCAGCUUUGCGACAAUGAUAUCUACUUCAUCCCUAGAAAUGUCAUUCAUCAGUUCAAAACAGUGUCAGCAGUAUGCAGCCUAGCCUGGCAUAUAAGGCUUAAACAAUACCACCCUGUUGUGGAAACCGCUCAAAACACAGAGAGCAAUUCCAACAUGGAUUGUGGUUUAGAAGUUGACUCCCAGUGUGUGAGAAUAAAAACUGAAUCUGAGGAAAGAUGCACAGAGAUGCAGCUUUUGACAACUGCUUCAUCGUCUUUCCCACCUCCAUCAGAACUUCAUCUACAGGAUCUGAAGACUCAGCCUCUUCCAGUUUUCAAGGUGGAGAGCAGACUGGACUCUGACCAGCAACACGGUCUGCAGGCACAUCCAAGCACUCCUGUGUGACAUAUCCGAUUUCCCCAUCUCCCACUUGCCAUCCAGCAGAUGCCAUCCAGUCAUCUAAGCUGGUCAUUACUAAUACACAAGGAGACUGUCUCCUGACAGCCAGCACUGUGCAAUCACUCAGGAACCAGCGGAUCUGCAAAGACCUACAAUCAAACGCAAAUCUCCAUUUUCCUUUUACAAAACAUUCUACCCUCACUUCCAGUAUAAACAUAUUAAAAGAAUAUAAAAAUGUUGAAAAUCAUGUACUAAUGAAGUCAUUGUAUAUUAGAUUGCAAUAGAAUGGAAAGAAACAUUUAGCUAGUUAUGUACCUGGGAAUCCUGAAUGUCCUAUGUGAGUAUUAGAUUUUGAUAGCAUGCUUUAAAGACUGAUGAACAUAAAAGCAGAAGCUUUGAGUUUCUUGCUGCUUUCAAAACUGUGUCCUAGUUGAGUGAUACAAAUGAUCGCAAGUUUUCUAAAUCAUUAAACUAUUUGGUUGGUGGAGUGAGGCAUGGAACAGUCUGGUAUCCUCUGAUUUGUAAAAUAGCGAUGGCAGUGAAGUUGUAACUGAAAUUGAAGCUGAUCUUCCUUUCUGGUAUGUUAUCUAUUGUGCCAGCCCUUGAGAUUACUUGCAGAAUGUGGCUAUAAGUUUUAGUAGUUUAUGGAUCAGAGGGAUAUUUUAAAAAUAUGCUAAUCGAAAGGACCUAAUAAAUUAAUAUUCCUAACAGCAAAUAGAAUGAUUUUAUGGUAACCAUUCAAAAGAAUAAGUCUUCCCCUGUCCCAGAGGUCAUUCUAUAAUUAUCAAGAUAGGAUAAGAGUUAGGGUUACGAUUCUGAGAGAUGUCCCAAAUUCAUGAAGCAAUAAUAAUAACCUUUAUAUUGGUUUCCUCUUCCAAAGUUUAACUCUUGAGAAAUGAAUUCUUAGUCUUAAUUGUACUUUGCUUAUUCAGUACUUACAGUUUUACUGGUACAUGAUUUUUACUCUAAGACUUUUGGAAAGUGCCCUGUACCCUCAGAAACAGUUGGACUAUUAGUUCACAAAUACUACAAGCUCUUGUAUGGGGAAAAGAGCUAAUUUAAAUAAUUUGCUAAACUUUAGGAAACGAUGUAUCAGUCUUAACAGGCAUAAAGAUCUCACCUAAUGACUUGAGAAACUUUUGCUUAGUGCUUUUUUCCCUGUAUAAAUAUUGUCUAGAAGGAAAGUUAAUAUAGGAACAAGACUCCAAAAUCCACGAAAAUAUGUUCCUAGUGAAUAUAUCCUUUAUCAUUAAUAUUAGCCCAUUAUAUUUUCAUCUGUAUUUGCCUUUUAAAUUUAUUUGCAUCUAUUAAAGAUAAUUAGGAUUACUGAGUUUGUGUUUUUCUAAUAAAUCUGUUUCAUCCUUUCAGUAGCACAUGCCAGAGGCUCAUGUGUGUGCUAAGUUUCAUGUUUCAAGACAGUCUGUAGCCGUAUUUACUGGUCAUGUAAGUAGAGGAGAUACACAUCACCAGUGUUUUUCUUAAGUGCAUAAAGGACUUAUCCUCGUCCUGGAAGUCUGUUGCUUUAAAAGCAAGUAUCCAUAAAUAUUAUGGCCUUCCAUUUAAAAAAUCUCCAUACAUUUUUUAGGAUCCACUUGUGCAUGUAGUUGAGACCGCCGUCUCUUAAAAUAUAGCACUUUUCAAUUCUCUCUAAAGAAAUACUUAUGUAAUACUAUCACACGUUGUAAAUUUUCAUGUAAUAGUGUUUUCUGUGACUAAACUUCAUUUUGAUCGGCAGCUAAGACUUUUUUCCUGUGGCUUUAAUUUAUCUAAGAGGUCUUUGCAUAUAGAUGAAAUGUUUAAUUUGCCUGGCGGACUAUUUGCGUUUGUGUGGCCUUAGUUUGUUUAUUGACAUUAACAAGUGUUUUAAAAGGUUUUUAAUGGAUAGUCUUAAAUCUCAACUUUGUGUGAAUAAUAAUUCUUUUAACACAGUGCUUUUUUGUAGCUGUCUGAGUGUGUUAAAUUGUUAAGCUAUUUCUUUGUAAAGUAGGACAAUGGAAUGCAUAGGUUUUUUUUUUUCCUGUAAAGUAUUUUUUUAAUAAACAAAGUCUGAUUUGUCCUUUACUGACGUUUCAAAAUGAAUAGCACAUGGGAGUUGUCAUUGCUGGCACCCUGUUAGUGGAGUCUUCUCCCCUACUCACACACAUGCAUCCGUCUACUCACCUUCUUUGUGCCAUUUUAUUUUUAAGCUUUAGAAGAAAAUCAUGGACUUUUCUUUGCCAAAGAAAAGGUCAGAGAUGCCCAGCCUGAGGUACAACUAGUUUUGAAGAAAAGUGAAGCUUUUGUUUGUGAUAGUCGUCCUUACUGCUGCUUAAAAUUGGUUACCUGCACUUAGAGCGGCCGUAGGCUGUGAUGAUGCAUGGCGUAAUAAUGGAGAUGGUGUUUACUCUUCAGAUGUGGAUGGAGUAUGGGAUACAAGAGAAUCCCUUUCCUCAUUAAGUUUUGUGUGAACUCUGUAGUUGAAGUGCUGCCUGUCCUGACAGCAUUUAGGUCUUAGAAGGGUCUCAGUAUUUCAUCAGUUCUCAUAGAUAGGAGGGGGUUAAUCAUUUCCACAACACAGGUGAGAAAACAGACUUGUUAAGUCAAUUUCCUAAAAUGACAGUUCAUUGCUGGGAGCUGGGGCCUGAAUGUUUUUUUGGGGUUCAAAGCUCUGCCUUACACAGCAGCAUCCUAAUAAAACACCGAAAAUUUUUACCAGGGUUCCUGAAAAAUAAUUUGCAACUGUACCACUAAUUCUAUUCCUCAAAGUACUAGCCACAGCCCAGAAAAACCUCUCUUGUGUGUUUGGCAAUGAAGCCAAAUGCUUUUAUUAUUAGUGUUAAAUUUAGGUCUUAAAAGUAAUUUUUUGAGGUCAUUUACCAAAAUGAGUUGGUUGUUGCCUUGAGUUCCACUGUUCAGCAGCACUGAAGGGGCUGUUAAGUCUUAACAGCUUUUUAUUUAACCCUGAACAGUUAAGGGGUAUACGGUGGGGAUCACUGCCAACUGGGUGAAGUAAUUUUUAAAAAUAAUUCCUAUGGGUGUUAACAUUUUAGUCGUUUCACAGUAUGGAUAACUUUCAUUUGACGCUAUUUUAAUGGCUUAUAUAAGCUGGAGACUGCCUAAGUGGUAACUAUUACCCAUUUUUAGCCUUACAUCAACUAAAUGCUAGUGCCUAGGGCAAGAAAGGUCUUAGCUUUCAAGUUCAAGGCAGCCCCUGGAAACAAACCACUAAGGUGCACACAAACGUAUAGAGACAAGAACAGCUUAGAAACCCUGUGGGUAUACAUAUUUAUAUUUACAUAAGAGUGCAGUUGCCCUUUCUCUGGACCUCUCUUUGAAUCACUAUAAACAGCCAUUUUCUCCGAUUUGGGGGAAGUCCCAGUGCAGUCCGAGCCCUGUGCAUCCCCUUAGUGUUGUGUGGGCAGCAGAAAGCCUUUGUCCCGGAGCUGCCGAGAGCCGAAGGAGGAACCACUGGGCCACAGCCAGCCUGUCCGCGUUCCAGGCCGCGCAAAUUCACCAACAUUUGUCCAUCCAACAAGAACGGAGAACUCGAGCGAAGGCUCGUGCCCUGCACUAGUCUCGUCCACCCAAAGGAGACAAGGACAUGAAGUAAACAUCACGCUAUAAGCUACAGACCCGCACAGGAACCUCUGGAACAUCGGGACCAGCCUCCCGGGGACCGACGGGUACUGGGAGGGUCGUUUCU